AUGACAAGCUACCUGUUAGCUCUCCUGCUCUCUCUAAUUGCUGUUAUCCUACCCCCGAGAUAUGGCUGCAUGGACAUUAUUGGAGGACACAUCGUGCGUCCUCAUUCCUGGCCUUUUAUGGCUGCUAUCCAGACAAAGAAUUUAACUGUGUGUGGAGGAGCUCUUGUGGGAAAGCAAUGGGUUUUGACAGCAGCGCAUUGUGAAUUGAACAAAUCAGAAGUUAGAGUUGUUCUUGGAGCCCAUCAAGCAUCCAUAGCUGAAAAAGAACAGCAGAUAUUUAAGGUUAUGCACUACUUUCCUAAUCCUCAGUUUGACAGGUCUUCCAAGGAAAAUGAUAUAAUGCUCCUCAAGCUGAAUGGUAUUGCAAAGCUGAAUAAAUUUGUGCAACUUUUGCCUCUGCCUGACUCUUAUGAAGAUACCAAACCUGGCACAACGUGCAAGGUGGCUGGCUGGGGAGUCACAUCUUCAGGAAAGCCAUCAAAAUGUCUUCGGAAAACAACUCUUAAAAUUGUUGGUAGAAAAAGCUGUGAGAGCAAAUAUGGAAAUUAUGCAAAAAUAACCAGCAACAUGUUGUGUGCUGUAGGGAAAAAUAAAAUUUUCAAGGGAGAUGCUUGCCAGGUAAGAAGCAGUUACAAAGAGGAGGGGAUGUGCUUUUAA